CUUGUCAUGACAAGCAUUUUUAAAUUCGAGCUCGGCUUUCAAGAUGGAAGGUAACCGAGAAAAAGAACACUUAUUGGCAUUGAAAGUGAUGCGUUUGACCAAACCCACGCUGAUGCCGUUCCACCCGAUACUUAGUGACGCGCGGGACUUGGCUCAUACGCUGACUGCGGAACAGAUGAGCUCCGACAUCUCUAAGCCAAAAGAUCUUGACUACUUUGGAGUGAGCGAUUUAUUGACUCUGCCGCAGAAUUUUGGGAACAUUUUCCUGGGCGAGACCUUCGCCAGUUACAUCAGCGUCCACAACGAGAGUACCCAGACGUGCACAGACAUUCUUUUGAAGUCAGACCUCCAGGUGAAUGGGCAGCGGCUGCUAUUAAAGGGGGUCAACUCGGAGCCUGUGACCUUCCUCAAGCCCAACGAGAGCAUAGACGACGUCAUACAACAUGAGGUCAAGGAAGUGGGCAAUCACAUUCUUGUGUGUGCUGUACGAUACACCACAGAGAGCGGAGAAGAGAUGGCUUUCAGAAAGUUCUUUAAAUUCCAGGUCUUGAAACCACUUGAUGUCAAGACAAAGUUUUACAAUGCUGAGUGUGAUGAUGUGUACUUGGAGGUACAGAUUCAGAACAUCACCCCUGGUCCCCUUUACAUGGAGCACGUGAGACUGGACCCCUCCGACCUCUACCACGCCCAGGAGCUGAAUACGCUGGAGGCAAAACAUGGUGGUGACAAUGUCUUUGGCAAGGUUGACUACUUGAACUCCAUGGACACCAGACAGUAUCUCUACUGUCUGACACCCAGACCUCAGCUGUAUGAGGCCAACAAGGUCCUCAAAGGAGUUACCAAUAUUGGGAAGCUUGACAUUGUGUGGAAGACAAACCUGGGUGAAAAGGGUCGUCUCCAAACCAGUCAGCUGCUAAGAGUGGCCCCAGGGUACGGGGAUGUCCGUGUCACCGUUGAGAAAGCACCAGACAGUGCUGCCCUAGAGGACACAGUGGAUAUUGUGUUGAGGAUCACAAACUGCUGUGAGCGGGAGAUGGACCUAACGAUGUCCCUACAGAAUGACCUCAACUCAGGGGUCAUGUGGUGCGGCCUCUCUGGCAGAGCCCUGGGGCUCCUAGGGGCCAGUGAACACCUCGACCUUGACCUGAAACUCAUCACGCUGCAUCCUGGCCUUCAAACAAUAUCUGGCCUGAGGUUGACUGACAAUAAACUGAAGAGGACCUAUGAACAUGAUGAGAUUGCACAGAUCUUUGUGUUUGAUGAUUCCUAGAUUCCUCUGUUUCAUUCACUAGUAUCUGAUUCUAAGACAAUACAUUUCAGCUUGAUGUGUUGUAAUUUACCAGUUUCACAAAGGUCCUAAGGAUAAUCUUAUGUUGUACUUAAGAAAUGUUAAUAUUUCUUACUAAUUUUAUUUAAUUUUAUUAUGCCCCCCUUCGAAGAAGAGGGGGUAUAUUGCUUUGCUCAUGUCGGCCGGUCUGUCGGUCUGUCCGUCCACCAGGUGGUUGUCCGACGAUAACUCAAGAACGCUUGGGCCUAGGAUCAUGAAACUUCAUAGGUACAUUGAUCAUGACUUGCAGAUGACCCCUAUUGUUUUUGAGGUCACUAGGUCAAAGGUCAAGGUCACGGUGACCCGAAAUAGUAAAAUGGUUUUUGAAUGAUAACUCAAGAACGCAUAUGCCUAGGAUCAUGAAACUUCAUGGGUUGAUUGAUCAUGACUCGCAGAUGACCCCUAUUGAUUUUGAGGUCACUAGGUCAAAGGUCAAGGUCACGGUGACCCGAAAUAGUAAAAUGGUUUCCGGAUGAUAACUCAAGAAUGCAUAGGCCUAGGAUCAUGAAACUUCAUGGGUAGAAUGAUCAUGACUCGCAGAUGACCCCUAUUGAUUUUGAGGUCACUAGGUCAAAGGUCAAGGUCACGGUGACCCGAAAUAGUAAAAUGGUUUUCGGAUGAUAACUCAAGAACGCAUAUGCCUAGGAUCAUGAAACUUCACAGGUAGAUUGAUCAUGACUCGCAGAUGACCCCUAUUGAUUUUGAGGUCACAAGGUCAAAGGUCAAGGUCACGGUGACCCGAAAUAGUAAAAUGAUUUUGGGAUGAUAACUCAAGAACGCUUUUGCCUAGGAUCAUGACACUUCAUAGGUACAUUGAUCGUGACUCGCAGAUGACCCCUAUUGAUUUUCAGGUCACUAGGUCAAAGGUCAAGGUGACAGUAACAAAAAACGUAUUCACACGAUGGCUGCCACUACAACGGACAGCCCAUAUGGGGGGCAUGCAUGUUUUACAAACAGCCCUUGUUUUUGUUAAUGUGAUGAGCAAUGUGAUGAGAGUGUGUGUAAAUAUGAAGAUGUAACAAGUGAAUUGUUGUGUACAUGGUUGCUUGAAAUGUUUUGUUUUGCUUACGAAACAGCUGUUUAGUUCUUAGUCAAGAUUCUUACUAUGUCCAUUGCAUAUUUACUUUGGUCUCAAUUACUCUUUGUCUGUGUACGUUAAAAUCUUGUCAAUGUUUAUUUGUGUACAGUAAAAAACAUUGAUUGAAUUGUCAGUUGGCUGUAAUCCUAUUGUGUUUCUGAAUAAUUUAAAAAUUCAACCUGUCAAGCUGAGAAGAAUCAUAAGAGAAAAACUUACCAGCAGCAGUCUUCUCUGCUCAAAUGUUAAGGUUUAUCAACAAUAAAAACAGAGUAUGAUUGUGUUUAAAUUAAAUAUAUAUAGUGGAGCUAUGCCACUCAUCCUAGUGUCGGCGUCUGUGUGUAAAUGUUAAAGUUUUCGUACUAACCCAAAUGUUUUCUUUGUCCCUUGACAUAUUGCUUUCACAUUUUGCAUACUUGUUUACCAACAUGACCCCAACCUAUAACGAGAGCAGACAACUCUAUCAAGCAUUUUGUCAUAAUUAUGGCCCCUUUUCCACUUAGAAUAUGCAGCAAAUGUAAAAGUUUUCGUACCACCCCAUUUAUUUUCAUUGUCCCUUGACAUAUUGCUUUAUUAUUUUGCAUACUUGUUUACCAACAUGACCCCAACUUAUAAACAAGAGCAGACAACUCUAUCAAGCAUUUUGUCAUAAUUAUUACCCCUUUUAUACUUAGAAUAUGCAUAUUAUUGAUAAAUCUAUGUUAAAGUUUGCGUACUACCCCAAAUAUUUCCAAUAUCUUUUGACAUAUUGCUUUUAUAUGUUGCAUACUUGUUAACCAACAUGACCCCAACCUAUAAACAAGAGCAGAACUCUGUAUCAAGCAUUUUGACAUGACUAUGGCCCCUUUUACACUUUGAUAAUUUAACAUUUUGCCUAAAUUGCCAUAACUUCUUUAUUUAUGAUCACAUUUUAUUAUUACUUACAACACUUACCUGAAUACCACAAUGGAUUCCACCCAAACAAUACCCCAUGCCCCUACCCAGAAUCCCUCCCCCCCCCCCCAACCCCCCCCCAUUUUUUUUUAAACAUCAUCUUAUAAAUUACCACACCCCACAUUAUAACCCAAUCUCACCCCCCCUACCCCCCCCCCCAAAAAAAAAUUUUUUUUUUUUCCUUUUUUUAUUUUUGAAAGAUUGUCCAAUAAAUUAUUGCAUAUGAACAAUUUCCCCAUGAUGGCUUACGUUAUACUGUCAAGCACUCGAAUAGUCGAGCGCGCUGUCCUCUGACAGCUCUUGUCUUGAGCUAAGCUGUUCAUUAUAAAGUAAUGCAAUGAUUCAUUGUUUUGUUAGCAGACAGGGUAGCUACUGACCAGACUGUGCAUUAGACCUGUUUUUGAAUGAUGCGGUCACUUUGUGUAAUGGGAUGUGCAAUAAUUUGUUUGUGUUUGAUAUAAAGUAUAUAUUGGAUCACAUACAAAUGUGACAUGAACACAUUGAGGAAUGUGGCUGACAGUUAUAGAAUUAUCAGUCACUUUUAACUGUAUUUCUGUAUAAUAAUGAUUAGUACAGAGGGUGUUUUAAAAUAUAUUUUACACUUUCAAAACUAAAAUAAACAUACUGGUAUAUGUUGUAAGAUAACAUAUAACAAUUAAUAAUAAUUGUAUGUGAUAUGUCUAAUGAAAUAAAUUUACAAGUAUGA